AUGUUUAUGUAUAUCUUAAGGCGCUGCGCUCGCACGGGUAUAAUAGUGUGCCGCAGAGGCAGUGCUCCGGCUUUUCGCGUUACUGCUUCUGGCUUCCAAUCCGUAACUGUGGUUUUAAACGAGUGUUUAAAAAGCGGAGAAGAAAAGGCACACGGUACCAUCAAAGACAUGGCAAAGGGAUAUCAGCGUGAGACUGUCAACCACAAUCUUCACUUUAUUGGUCCUAAGACCGGCGCUUACACGAACAGCACUGAGUCUCUAUGGUAG